UCAGUCCGUCUGUAAAGCAAGCAGCAGCUCUGGAGACCCAGACCACACGGCUCUGCUGUCCCGGAGACGGCUUUAGGAAAGUGGGCGGGAUCGAGUUAGAUGAAUAACUCGGUGCUCGACUUUUCCUGACUUUGGCAGCGGUUCCUCCUCCGCGUCGUUACUCGAUUGCACACGCGGCCAGGCUCUCGGCCCUCGAUUGCUCCGGUCUAUCACCCUGGGAUGCCGCCUGCCGCCGCCACCGCCGCGGCUGCCGGGCUUGUGGGAUCCUCAGCCGAGCCGGAGCGGGAGCCGGAGCCGCGGCCGGAGCCCUGGCCUGAGAGUUAGGGGGGGCGGGCCGGUUCACUCCAGAGCGGGCUGCUGAGGACAGGCGGGCUGAAGCCAGGGGCCACCGCCCCCCUCAGGCGGAGGGAGCCGGCACUUGGAGUCCCCGAGGCGGCGGCGGCGGGAGCCGGUCAGAGGGGGCGGCCCCUGGCGGCGACGCCCCCAAGCCCAGCCCUGCGGGGCCCCGCGCCCUCUUCGGCGCGAGCCUGGUCUGGCCGCGGGAGACGCCGGCGGGCGCUCCGGAGGGCGGAUCCGAGGGGGCGGGAGGGCGAGCGUGCCCUCCCGGGAGGGACCGCACCUGAGCCCCGACCCAGCCCCGGUCGGGCUCCCUCCCUCUGGCCGCAGGUGGGCUGCAGCUUGGCGGUGGGCGGCGGGGACGGAGGUGUGCGGCGUCCGCGUCCCCGCUGCUGCGCCCUCCUCCCCUUCCCGCAGACAGGGCGCCCGCCCGGCCGCCUCGUCCCUCCCCGGCACCAUGGAGCUCUCCCCGUCGUCGGGAGGAGCCGCGGAGGCGCUGUCCUGGCCGGAGAUGUUCCCGGGGCUGGAGUCCGACUCGCCGCUGCCCCCGGAGGAUCUGGAAGCGGUUGUCCCAGUCAGUGGAACCGUGGCCGGUGGCAUGUUGGAUCGGAUCCUUCUUGAGUCCGUGUGCCAGCAGCAGAGCUGGGUCCGAGUGUACGAUGUGAAAGGACCACCCACCCAUCGUCUGUCUUGUGGUCAGUCACCCUACACUGAGACAACAACAUGGGAACGGAAAUACUGCAUCCUAACAGACAGCCAGUUGGUGUUGCUCAACAAGGAGAAGGAGAUACCUGUAGAAGGAGGACAGGAGCAACAGACAGAUUCCACCAAAGGGCGAUGCCUAAGGAGAACUGUCAGUGUCCCUUCCGAGGGUCAGUUUCCUGAAUACCCACCAGAGGGCACCACGAAACUGGAGGUACCAGCAGAAAGGUCCCCCCGUAGACGGAGUAUCUCAGGGACCAGUACAUCAGAGAAACCCAGUUCCAUGGACACUGCAAAUACCUCACCCUUCAAAGUACCAGGAUUCUUCAGCAAGCGCCUGAAAGGCUCCAUCAAGAGGACCAAAAGCCAGUCAAAGCUUGACAGAAACACGAGCUUUCGGCUUCCAUCCCUUCGUAAUACAGAUGAAAGGUCUCGUGGGCUGCCUAAAUUAAAAGAAUCACGUUCCCAUGAAUCCUUGCUCAGCCCAUGCAGUGCAGUGGAAUGUCUGGAUCUUGGUAGAGGGGAGCCUGUGUCAGUGAAACCACUCCAUAGUAGCAUCCUUGGACAAGACUUCUGCUUUGAGGUCACCUAUUUAAGUGGAAGUAAAUGUUUCAGCUGUAACUCAGCUUCAGAGAGAGAUAAGUGGAUGGAAAACCUUCGAAGGACAGUUCAACCAAAUAAGGACAAUUGCAGAAGAGCUGAAAAUGUUCUCCGUUUAUGGAUCAUUGAAGCCAAGGACCUUGCCCCUAAAAAGAAAUAUUUCUGUGAACUGUGCCUUGAUGAUACCCUCUUUGCUCGUACAACCAGCAAGACCAAAGCAGACAAUAUUUUCUGGGGUGAACAUUUUGAAUUCUAUAGCCUUCCACCUCUUCAUAGCAUCACAGUUCACAUUUAUAAGGAUGUGGAAAAAAAGAAGAAAAAGGACAAGAAUAAUUAUGUAGGGCUAGUCAACAUCCCCACUGCCAGUGUUACUGGUCGCCAAUUUGUAGAAAAGUGGUAUCCAGUGAGUACACCUACACCGAACAAAGGGAAGACAGGAGGACCUUCUAUUCGGAUUAAGUCACGGUUCCAAACUAUCACCAUUCUGCCUAUGGAGCAAUACAAAGAAUUUGCAGAAUUUGUCACCAGCAACUAUACCAUGCUAUGUUCUGUCCUUGAGCCAGUAAUUAGUGUGAGAAAUAAAGAGGAGUUGGCUUGUGCCUUAGUGCAUAUUCUUCAAAGUACUGGCAGAGCCAAGGAUUUUCUGACUGACUUGGUGAUGUCUGAAGUGGACCGUUGUGGAGAACAUGAUGUCUUGAUCUUCAGAGAGAACACCAUUGCCACAAAAUCCAUUGAAGAAUACCUCAAGUUGGUGGGACAACAAUAUCUUCAUGAUGCACUGGGGGAAUUCAUCAAAGCUUUGUAUGAAUCAGAUGAGAACUGUGAAGUAGAUCCCAGCAAAUGUUCAUCUAGUGAACUGAUCGACCAUCAGAGCAAUCUAAAAAUGUGCUGUGAGCUGGCUUUCUGCAAGAUCAUCAACUCUUACUGUGUUUUCCCUCGUGAGUUGAAGGAAGUAUUUGCAUCAUGGAAGCACCAGUGCCUGAACCGAGGCAAGCAAGACAUCAGUGAGCGGCUCAUUAGUGCCUCAUUGUUUCUCCGUUUUCUUUGCCCAGCCAUUAUGUCUCCCAGUCUUUUCAACCUUAUGCAGGAGUAUCCUGAUGACCGUACGUCUCGGACUCUAACUCUUAUUGCCAAGGUCAUUCAGAACCUGGCCAACUUUGCCAAGUUUGGUAACAAAGAGGAAUACAUGGCAUUCAUGAAUGAUUUUUUAGAACAUGAAUGGGGUGGAAUGAAGCGCUUUCUUUUGGAGAUCUCUAAUCCAGACACCAUCUCAAAUACCCCAGGCUUUGAUGGUUACAUUGAUCUGGGCCGAGAGCUUUCAGUUUUGCAUUCCUUACUGUGGGAAGUAGUUUCCCAACUUGAUAAGGGUGAAAAUUCCUUCCUACAGGCAACCGUGGCAAAACUGGGGCCUCUCCCCCGUGUUCUCGCUGAUAUUACCAAGUCUCUGACUAAUCCUACGCCAAUACAACAGCAACUGAGACGCUUCACUGAGCAUAACUCCAGUCCAAAUGUCAGUGGGAGCCUCUCUUCUGGGCUGCAGAAAAUAUUUGAAGAUCCCACUGACAGUGAUUUGCAUAAAUUAAAAUCUCCAAGCCAGGACAACGCAGACAGUUAUUUCAGGGGAAAAACAUUAUUACUGGUUCAGCAGGCCUCCUCCCAGAGCAUGACUUAUUCUGAAAAAGAUGAAAAGGAAAAUAGCCUUCCUAAUGGUCGGAGUAUCUCCCUAAUGGAUCUCCAGGAUCCUCACGCUGCUCAGGUAGAGCAUGCAUCUGUCAUGCUUGAUGUGCCUAUGCGCCUGACGGGAAGCCAGCUUUCUAUAACCCAGGUGGCCAGCAUCAAGCAACUGCGGGAAGCCCAGAGCACUCCCCAGAGUGCACCUCAAGUGAGAAGGCCCCUGCAUCCAGCCUUGAACCAGCCAGGAAGUCUCCAGCCCUUGUCAUUCCAGAAUCCAGUCUAUCACCUCAAUAAUCCUAUUCCAGCAAUGCCAAAGGCCUCUGUCGAUUCCAGUUUGGAGAACCUAAGCACUGCCAGUUCUAGAAGCCAAAGUAACAGUGAAGACUUCAAACUCAGUGGACCCAGCAAUAGCAGUAUGGAAGAUUUCACCAAACGUAGCACUCAGAGUGAAGAUUUCUCCCGGCGGCACAAUAUGCCAGAUAGACACAUACCUCUUGCUCUGCCACGACAAAACAGUACUGGCCAAACCCAAAUCCGAAAAAUGGACCAGGCUGGGUUAGGUGCCCGAGCCAAAGCGCCCCCAUCCCUGCCCCAUAGUGCUUCCUUACGUAGCACUGGGAGCAUGUCAGUGGCAUCUGCAGCCCUGAUGGCUGAACCUGUGCAGAAUGGGAGCCGGUCCCGGCAGCAGUCCUCUUCUUCCAGAGAAAGCCCCGUUCCCAAAGUGAGAGCAAUCCAGAGACAGCAGACACAGCAGUCCCAUACGCCUUUUCCUGGAAAUGGCUGGAAAAAUAAACAACGGAACACCUACAGAGGCAAGGUGCAGUCACCUGUGGACUCUGCCACAAUGUCCCCAGUAGAGAGGACAGCAGCAUGGGUUCUAAACAAUGGGCAGUAUGAAGAGGAUGUGGAAGAAACUGAGCAAAAUCAAGAUGAAGCCAAGCAUGCUGAGAAGUAUGAACAAGAAAUUAGCAAACUGAAGGAGCGCCUGCGAGUAUCCAGCCGGCGGCUGGAGGAGUAUGAACGGAGGUUGCUGGUGCAGGAGCAGCAGAUGCAGAAACUGCUGCUGGAAUACAAGGCCCGCCUGGAGGACAGUGAGGAGCGGCUGCGCAGGCAGCAGGAGGAGAAAGACAGCCAGAUGAAAAGCAUCAUCAGCAGGCUAAUGGCUGUGGAAGAGGAACUGAAGAAGGAUCAUGCUGAGAUGCAAGCAGUUAUUGAUGCAAAGCAGAAAAUAAUUGAUGCCCAGGUCAUAAAUGGAAAUGAGAUUAUUCAAAAAGGAAAAACGGAUCGUGUCCCUGGAUUCCGCCAACACCAGGCUGAUGAGCGCGCUGACCCAAGUGAAGGAGCGGUACAGCAUGCAGGUCCGCAAUGGCAUCUCCCCCACCAAUCCCACCAAGCUUUCCAUCACGGAGAAUGGUGAAUUCAAAAACAGCAGCUGCUGACAGACUUUGUGAACACAGACUGUGGAAGGAGACCGAAGGAAACUUCCCCACUCUCCUCUUCCCAGCCCUUUACUCAGCCCCUCCAGGUUUACAGAAUGUUGCUAAUUCACAAUGGCAAUGUAGUGAGAAACUCAAGUGAAGAAAGGAACUUGUCUUUCAGGACAUAAGUGAAGACUUCCAAGGUCGCACUUCUCCCAGUCUAUGUGUACAUAGGGAACUUAGUUCUGGGCCGUGUACAGAAAAUGCCACUGUAAUAUACCAAAAGGAAGUUAAUAAUGUAGAUUACCUUUUUAAUUAUUACUAUUUUUAUUAUUGUUUUGCUCUUGUUGAAAGCACUGCAGUUGUUCUAGGAGGAAAAGUAGGAACUGUAACUAUGUGCGAGUGAGAAAUGAGCCUGUGGGUUCGGUAGGUAGAGACCAAGUAUCUAUCUAGAAGCACAUGGAGUGCAAUAGGACAUUGUUAGAAUGAAUUUUUUCAGGGAUUCAUCUGCCAGUGUAGAAGCCCCAUUCUGGUUCCCUUGCCGUUUAGGAAGACAUGCAGAUCCCAAGGUCUAUACAGAACAAUAAUUUAUGCCCUGAUCAACCAGGACUGAUUGUGGUCAGACAACUAGCCUAACCUGGGCACUCACUGUUUUAGGAGGCAGAGAUAAAAGUGGUUGCAUCAAAGCCGGACUUUAGGAGUGAUGUCUACUGAACUCCAGUCAAUAUGUCUAUUUUCUCUGUCUACAGCAGAUGGGAAUUUUCUGUUUUAAAUAUGGGCUUUUUUAUUUUUCACUCUUAUUGUAAUAAAGGGUGUUCUUUUUCCUCUUUAGAGGAAAAACUAUAAAUAUUUGUGUCUCGACAUACAGUCUUCAUGUUCAUACAUCCACUGCCCAUGGUGGGAGCAGUCAUCACCAAUAGGGUUUCUCUCCCCAGGAGAGAUGACUCCGAUACACUGUUCAUAAGCCAUCUGAAAUAAAUACCCUUUCUUCCACACAGAAAAGGGCUAACCACAACAUAGCAGGAAUCUCUGAAUAUUGCCUAUCAAGUUUUUUUGUAUUUGUAAAGUAAUAUUUUUUGUUUGGGAUAAAGAUUUUAUCCAUUGUACUACAGGCAGGGUAAUUUUAUCUCCAAUAUUUAAACUGCUGCUUCUUCGUCUUAUUCCCUCAGUAUAAUUUGGAAAGGAAAUCCAAACCUGAAAUAACACUCUUAAAAGUCUUGCUUAAAAAAAGAAAACUGUGUCAGGGUGGCACUUUCCAACUGUUAUUCCCACACUUGUGGUAGAUUUGGCAGUAAUGACCCAUUUAUCAUCCAUGGCUUAUUCUAAGACAAAAAAUGUCGUGGAAAAGAAUUUUUCUCCAGAGGUAUAGAAUGUCAUCUGGGAUGACGUUACCAGAAGUACAGGCUGUUUGUUACUUGUUCAAUGGACAGUAUAUAUACAAGUAUAUAUACGUAAUAUUCACACAUAUGUACAUAUAACUGCACGAUGAGGAAGCAGUCAUGCCUUCUGUGCCGUCAGCAUACAGAUACAAUUUUAAAAGAGCCUUGAGUCUCUUUAAGCAGGACCUAAGCAGUUGUUUUACAUCGAGAAAGCAACAGUAGUUCUCAAAUGAGUUUAUUUUAAAUUACACACUUUAAGAAUUUUUUUUAAAUAAAGGGGGAAGAGAGAGAGCAGACCUUAGGGAGUUGUACCCAUGGGCUGUUCCUAUAAUAUGAGUUGUUCUACACAAGGGAAGAAGACUACGUGUAUAGUUCCCUCUUUAUAGUGAAGCCCAGGCAUAGACGCCAAGCCCUCCUUUUACCGAGUUCUAGGCUUGCAUUUCUACUAUUGAGCUCAGCCCUCUCUCAGGUGGAUCUUUUUGUUGACUCUGUCAUUUAAGCAACCUCUUCAAAGCUCCCAACCCACAGCCUUUUAAAAUAUUUUUCAUCAUAACAGCCCAUUUCUACCAGUGAUCUAAAAUAAGAGCUUCUCAUUGUGCUUAGAUCUUCAGACUUAAAUGCCUAGCUAUCGCGACACUAUACUGUAUAGUAUUUUUACUUGACCCUUAGUAGUUAUUUUAUAAAUGCUUAUCUCUUCCCUCUAAACGGAGGGCACACUAAUCAAAAUCAUUUAAUAGGAAUAAAGGUUACCAGUUCUGAAACAUAUUUGUUAGUUUGGGGAGAGGCAUAAACAGAUCUGUUCUUUGUGGCUUAUUCUCAGUUCUAGCAAAAUUUAACUCAUUCCUUUUAAAGCCUGAAAUUGUGCCCUAGAAAUCCUAGUAAAAGAAUUGUCAGUUUCAGUGGCCUUAAGUAUGUAAUGUAGGUGACGUCUUGCAUUGAGAUGUGGAAGUCUUUCAAGCAUGGUUAUGGACUCCAGAGGGCUGAUAAAAUUAUAUUGAGGAUUUGGAGGAGACACAAAAAUACCAUGUUUUUGAUGAAUGUGCUGUAUCUUGUUAGCCUCCUCAGAGGGCAGUCUUCAUUGGAAGAUGAAACAUUUGGACAUAUUAUGCAGCCCUGCACUAUCAGGUUAUCUUGAAUGAAGCGAUGAAAAUAAAAUAAGAAGAAGAAAUAAGAAGGUUAGAAGGUGAAAACUCAAGAGCUGUUACCAGAUGUUAAAUUUUAGAUGAAUUCUUUGAAUAUACUUGUCAUUUUUUUUAAGUAUUUCUUUAGAGAAUGCUGCAACCUACAGAAUUUAUUCUGAAAGAUUUUUUAAGUAUGAAAGAAGGCAGCAGUACAUGACAGUUUUUAUGGGGGUGUGACUUAAUUGGCCUUUUCUUCAGUCCCAAUAUAUACAUACAUUUGUCUCGCUGGCAGGAGGUACAUGGUUGAAGGGAAGCUGAUUGCUUAUGACAACCAUGUCUUGUACUUGCUGCCAUUUCCCUCAGUGUAUCCCCACUUUAUGGAGGGUAAACCAGGGCUGAAUGGAAUUGGGGAUUCAGGUGAGGUGCUUACCUACAGCCAGACUUGGCCAUUAACAGGGACAACAUUAGAGUUCAGGAAAAGAGCUUCAUAGUUCCCUGUUACAUCACUGAAGGAAAAAGUUGUAUUUCCAUCAGCCCAUCAUUAAUCCAAGUCUCUGCAAUAAAAGCAGCGACAGAGGAGAGAUUAUAAUUAGGUCACCAUAACAAGCACUCGAGCACUUACCUGUGUUCCAGGCACUGUUUCUAUCUGGGAGACAGUCCUUGGGUAAGUACAUGUGGCAAAAAGAGGUAAUUACACUGCUGUAGGUUUUUGCUCUGAAUAUCAAGUUGGUCAUAAUUAACUUUCUGACUGAUGUGCUUUCCCCUUUGUCUUUCAUGGGGUUGGAGAGUGAAUAAAAAAGUAAGAUUUUCUGUCUAAGACUUCUAUAAGCACUAAGCUUGACUUUAGAAGCAAAGCUUUUCAGGUAUUACUCUACCUGCAGCAUUUAUUUAUGGGUGAAUGGUUCUGUAGACCCCUUGCUUCACUCCAUCCUCAGAGGUACAUCCCAUUGGGAAUAGAGUUCUUAAUUGAAAGUCCCAGAAAAAGAUGACUGCCAUCAACUGAGUUUAUCUUAUUAUUUGUUUUGCUUCCAUCCAGAUUUAGCGCUAGUCACUUCCAGUUUAGAGUUCCCGACAAGAUUGGGUAUGGGGCUGAGCCGGGGGAAGCACCCCGCACCCCUUCAGGAUUACCCAGUCCCAUCAGUCUGCCACAGUGUAGCUGACGCCCAGGCUCAGCACCAGUCAAGACGUGACAUUGGGUCAGACCCAGAAGCCACAGAGCUUAUACCACAGCAUCACUACAUUUUCAGCUACACUUUGGAGGCCACCUCUCCCUCAGAGUAUGGAGAUCCUAAAGGACUUUUCUUCUCUCCAUUCCCUUUUCCCAAGUCUAGUAGUGAAGUGCCCUGCUUGCCCCAACAAUAAAUAGUUUCCUUUUUACCUGUUACCUGGGAUAUUUUUUUUUUUUUAAAAAUCUAGAUGUCAAUUGAAAGGACUUACAUUAGUUUCCUAAAGGCAAGAAAUGUUGAGGUGUUGAAUUUUUAAAUAGAAUCUCUUUUCAUGUUUGAAUUAUUAUUAUUAGUUCAAGCUGCAUUUUCUUAUUAUCAUGACCCAGUUAUGAAUGCUUUUGAGUUUCGAAAGGACAAAACUAAUGAAAUUUGCAUGAGACAGAAUAAAUAUCUUAUGAGGAAAAACCAAGGAAGACUGGAUCCAGAAGGGGACAUAGCAGUCUUCUCAGUAACUCAAAGAUUCAAGGAGACAGGGAGGUUGAUAUCCGUCCCUUGCCCACUUUUAAAAUAUAUAGACAUAAACUGAGUGUGGUGAUGCACACCUGUAAUCCUAGAUUUCUGGAAGGCUGAGGCAGGAGGAUCACAAGUUUGAGCCCAGCCUAGGCAACUUAGCAACUUAGUGAGACUCUGUCUCACAGUAAAAAAGUACUGAUGAUGUGUGCAGGCCCUGGGUUCAACCCCCAGUAAUACACAGUUUCUGUAGAUAACAUGUCCAUGCUCAUAGAAAAUACACAAUUCCUAGGGCUUCCUUUUCUGAAUGUUAAUAUAUUUUAUAGAACAGUAAUUCCCAAACUUUCUUGAAUUUUUAGAUGUGCUCUCAUUUAUUAGAUUUUAUGGCAGUUCUCUCAAGAAUGUACUAUAUGUGUUAUAUGUAUAUGUAAGUUAAAGUGACUUGAACUUGAUUUGGUUUGACAUUGUCUCAAGGGUCUUAGAUAUCAUCAUUGAUACCAGGGAAUCAGAAAUAGAGUUGAACAUCACUGAUCAGAGUAAAAUACAAAAAGUAGCAACUUUGUUUUCUGAUCAGUUAAUCCUCAGGUGUUUGAGUAACCAACCUAGUUAGACUUGACUCAUGCAGUGAACCAUCCAAGCAAAGUGGUAGAUUUGGAUCGUAUUUCAGCAUGCAUUUUAUUUCCUACUCAGUUGUUACUUUUCAUUCAAGUACUUUCAUCUUCCCCAGUGCAGUUUUUUUGUUUGAGAUUGAAAACCAGACUUACCCAUUGGAGGGGGGCGAGAUCUCCACAGGAGCAGAGUUUCGAGUCUCUGUGCUCUGUGUAGGGUAUAAGGUUUACAUAUGACCAUCUGGUUGAUGUCACUUCCAAACUCCCAAAGAAAAGUUUCAAUUCUCAGUUCACCAAUAGGUUAAAUACUGACUUAAUGACCACUAUCCUGCAAAUAAAGCUAACUAGUAAAGGUUAAAUGUUGACUGGUGCUUGACCUUUCUUAGUUACAUCAAAAUCAACUUAAGCUCAUAGCAUCGUACUUACCUGGAUCACACCUGAGAGGAAUUUACCUUCCAAAUUUAUUUUGUUUUUCAUCUCCAGGGCCUUAAUAAGAGUGUGUUAAUACACAUGACUAUUUUACAACAAUAACGCUAAAUAAUUUAUUUUUUAUUUCAAGAAAGAGAAAUACACCUUAGAAAAAGAAAACCCAAGAUUUUAUUUUAUUUUCAAAGCCAUAUUUUUGUGCUAAGUAGCACUUAGAUUGUUCCAUAUGUGAGAUCCAUAUCUGCAUUACAUUACCUGGGUUUGUUCUAAAGAAGAUUUAUUUUUGUUCUGUGAAUAAUUUUUGACGGUUCUUGUACAUGUACAGAUAUAGAUACAUUUGAGGUCUUUUAUUGAUAUUCCUACAAAGAAUACAAAUAAACUUUAACUUUAAACA